AUGGCCAAGGACAAGGAGCGGUCCAUGAACCCCGCUGCGGCGCAGCGGAAACAAGACAAGCAGAAGAGUCUGAAGAAGGGCAAGGCGGAGGCGCUGGCACGCCGGAAUGAGAAACUUGCCCGCCGCAAUCCAGACCGCAUUCAACGGCAGAUCAACGACCUCAAGUCGAUGGAGGAGUCGGGUCAACAAUUACGACCACGCGAUAAGGAGGUCCUGGAAGCGCUCGAGCGCGAUCUACGGGCAGUUUUGAAAGCCCGGGAGGCGUUGGGCGACAAGGCACCCAAUUUCAGCCAAGGCGGGCGCGACGGCCAUCAUGGCCCCCGGAGGGAUGGAGGAGAUAACAUCUUGGGCAAGCGGAGGCGAGACGCCGGCUCCGGGCGACACAAGGACGAAAGCGAUGGCAGCGAGACGGACGAGGAUGUGCGGAGGAUACCAAUGCCGCGGGAUACGCCCCCACCCAUCCCCCGCGAUCACCAGCGGAAGCGAGGGCCAGCGAAUAACGAGGACUCGGAGCCUCGUGGACCGCAUGCGCUGCCAUCUAGGCCGCCGGCGGUCGAGGCCAAGACCGUCUACGAGGCGAAGCCAGAGAUCCGGGAUCUGCGGCAGGAAGCCAUCAGUAAGUUCGUCCCUGCGGCGGUCCGGAUGAAACAAGAUUCUAUUCGAGGCACGGGCAAGUUGUUGGAGCCGGAGGAGAUGGACAGGUUGGAGAAGGCUGGAUAUACGGCCGGGCCUGCUGAGGUGCAGUCCAGCAUCCAGGCAGGCCACCCAUCUGCAACGGCAGAGGAGCAGCGGUCGCUGGAGGAAGAAGAGAGGCGGUUUAAUCAAGAGCUCAAGCAUGUUCAGAUCGAAGAGGUUGAAGACGAGGAUGCAUAG